ACGCGUAGCAUGGGCGGAGUUAACGCGGACCGCCUCUUCCUUGUGCGAACUGGGGAAGUCUAGUCUAACCUUUUUUCUUGUAUUAUCUUCAUUUAUCAACUAAACCUUCAGGACAGCAUGGCGAACGCACUGAGGGGACUCUCUAAGUGCGGCGUUGCAGGGUUCCUGCCUCAGGUUUUCUCAAGACAUGGACCUCGAACCCUCCCACACUUGGUUUGUCAGAAGAGGAACAACAGCACUUCCUCCAAGAUUAAAGUAGAUCUUGACCCAAGCACAGGAGUAGCAGUUAUGUGGAUGCAGAGCCCACCUGUCAACAGCCUGAACCUGGAUCUUUUGACAGAGUUCACCACAACACUGGAGAAGCUUGAGAUGGAUAAGAGCUGUCGUGGAGUUAUCAUCACCUCAUCUCUCCCAAAGAUAUUUUCUGCUGGGCUUGACAUCCUGGAGAUGUACCAAACAAGCCCGGAACACUGCGGGGAAUUCUGGAAAGCGGUGCAGGAGCUAUGGCUCAACCUCUACGGCUCCAAAUUAACCACCAUAGCAGCGAUCAAUGGUUCCAGCCCAGCUGGCGGCUGCCUGCUCUCCAUCUCCUGUGAUUACCGGGUCAUGGCGGAUAACCCUCGCUACAGCAUCGGCCUCAACGAGACGCUGCUGGGCAUCGUAGCGCCUUAUUGGUUUAAAGACACCAUGGUGAACACCGUGGGGCACCGGACCACAGAGCUGGCUCUGGCACUAGGCAAGCUGUACUCCGCCCCCGAGGCCCUGAAGAUCGGACUGGUGGAUGAACUGGUUCCAGAAGACCAGGUGGUGAACACAGCCGCCCAGACCAUGGGCAAGUGGCUCGCCAUCAAUGAGCCCGCUAGGCAGGCGACCAAGGCCAUGAUGAGGAAGCCCACCAUCGACAAGCUGCUGUCCAACAGGGAGGCCGACGUCCACAACUUUGUGAGCUUCAUCACCCAAGCCUCCGUCCAGAAGUCCCUCGGGAUGUACCUGAAGAUGCUGAAGAGCAGAAAGGGUUAAAAGUAGAGAGCAUUCAGAGACUUUAUCACACCGUUUGAGCUUUACUGUGUUUUACUAUGUAAAAUAAAUACUGCAUAGAAAUGUCCUUGAUGUCCUGCUAACAAUAAACUAAAUUCUAACUGAA